AUGGCACAAAAUCUGUCAAGCUAUAGGGAACGUAGACCCAGUGGUCAGCAUCAACUGUUAAAAAUAGGGAUUAGACAGAAUGAGCCCACUAUUUGUGGAGAUUCAUGGAAGUGUGCCUACAAUGAAGGAGACCUUCGGGCUGAAAAAUUCAAGAACCUCAAGAUAAUGAUUCAAAAGUUGAUUGACGCUGGUGACCUCAAGCAAUACUUACAGAAGGCAGACACCGAAGAGAGGGCUAAGCGAAGCAAGCAAGUCCAGCUACCCGAGGGUAAUCGAACGCUCAACACUAUCUCAUGCUCUGAAGCCACUGGAAUAUCACUAACUUCCCAGAUAGGAAAAAGGUUAAGAAAGCAAUUUAAAGAUUACUGUGAGUUGUACAAAAUCGAUGGAGUAGAAGUGGAUGAACACGAAAAAUUGAUGAACGUUUCAAUAACUUUCUAUGCCGAGGAUAUAGAGGAUGACAUGGAGGAUCACAACGACCCCUUGGUUCUCACGUUACCCAUCACGGGGUGCAAUACCGGGAAGGUCUUCAUCGAUGGAGGGAGAUCGGUCAAUGUACUGUUCUAUGACACGUUAAAACGAAUGGAGCUGAAUGGCGAACAAUUGAUGUCUUCGUACUACACCAUAUACAGAUUCAAUGGGGACCCAACAAAGCCUUUGGGAGACAUUGUGUUACAAGUAAACGUAGGACCAAUGAAGGUUGAUACACGAUUCAGCGUAGUGGACGCUCCUUAUCCUUACAAUGCCAUCAUCGGCCGAAGAUGGGUAAACAAGCUCAAAGGGGUAGCAUCGACCUAUCAUCAGUACCUUAGAUUCCAAAUACCCGAAGAGGUAAUGGAAAUAAAGGGAGAUCAGGUAACCGCUCGAGAAUUUCAGGCUAUACAAAAUCAGCUCAAUAACGAGCAAGAUGAGAAGCAUAAAUCCCGAAGAAACCGAAACAAAGAAGCUGCGAAGGAGAAAGCAAUUGACCUUUAUCUAGAAGAGAUCUCCGGAAGAAGUCUGACGAAGGAGAGCAUCGUUCUAAACACCAAAGCAGGUACCUCCACAGCUAAGGGGGAUGAAGAGCCUACCAAAUAG